AUGGAUUUCCCCAUGCCCAUGUCAUCGCCAGUGCGCACCAAGACGGAGAAGGAGCUGCGCAGGCAAGUGCCCCCGUUGCAGACGACGUCUACCGACCCCAAGCCCACUCCGCCCCCGUCAGCCUCCACCUUCGUCACCCCAGAGACGAUGGCAGACGAGGCGAGAAUGACAUCGUCUGCCACAGACACCAAACACAAGCUGUUUGUCAUGACCGACAUUGUGGCUGCUCGGUACAUUGAAGAAGACCCUACUACCACGUGCACCGUCCUAGCGCGCCGCCAGAAGAUUGAGGGCUACGAGAUAUACCUGGUAGAGCAGUGGGCAUGCUCGCGCACACAUCCGACCUUCCUGAUUACCACCUAUACCGGCAACCCCGAGGAUGUUGUCCUGGCCACUAUCCUGAGCGUGCCUGCCGACGAGUCACAAUGGUCACCCCAAAUGCGCCUAUACUUCAAGUCGCUAGAUGAAUUCCAUGCACGUCGAAAAGAGACUUCCUAUGGAACCCUGAUGAUUACUAAUCUGAGCGGCUUUCCGUCCUCCUUGACUGUCAUUCCAGUGCCGGGCGGAGAUGUGAAAAAGUAUCGCGAGCCCUUUGUUGUGAAUGAAAAUCUGAAGAGAAUGGGUUGCUCCGGUCGACUAGGUAUCCAACUCGCACCGCCCAGUAGUGCAACGCAAGCCAAGUUCCACCAGCUGUAUCGCACGAGCGAGAAGAUUCCAUUCAACGCUUCUGUCCUUGAGCUUGUCAAGCUUUGUCAAGUGGCUUUGGUUCUAUUUGGAAAAUUGGAGCCAGAAUAUGCAGAUGGACUACUGUGUGACCUGACAGAAAAGGCCAUCAACGACUGGUGGGUCGAAUUUGGAGCAGAGUACUACACCGUGGAACCCCAUGAUGGCAUUCUUGGACCUACCACAGUCGCAGCUCUACUCGGUAUGCUAAUGGGUGCACGCAAUCGACUUAGCGCAUGCAAUGCGGCUGUUUCAAAAGAUGUCUUCGACCUCGAAAGCAUGAAGCGUGGUAUAGCCCACUUCCAGAAGUCACAGCAUCUUCCACGUACACGGCGUCUAGACAGACACACACUAGACAAGCUGCGAAGGGCCUCUGCCAAAGCUGCUAGCAAAGAAGGCUGGGCUGUUCCGCGCGCUUUCAAGUCAACGGUGGCCGAAUUAGGUGGCAAGGGCGGAGAGAUGGUAAUGGGUAUCGUAGGAGCUGGUCAGAAGGAUGGCAUUGCAGAGGUCGAAACAGUCGAUAUCGAUCAAUUCGUGGAGCUGGUUCGUGGAGACCAUGCGAAAUGGCUGUGGCACGGAAAGCCGCGCAAGUCUACCUCGGGUGACAUAUUCGACCGACCGUUGGAGGCAGAGCGCUCCCCCUCACCGGACAAGCCUGAUCAUAUCAUCAAGAGCCUACGUCGAGAGAACAACUCCGAUCAACCGAAGCUUACGAAGCGAGAUACAGCCCACGAGGAACCGAAACGAGCUGAACUAAUUACACCAGAGGGUAUUGAGAAAAAUGACUCCAAGGACUCUUCCUCGAAGCGGGCCACGAUCAAGGCCAAGUCUGGCAGUGGAUUCAGCCAUCUCAAGAAUGCCGUCAGUCUCCGCACGCAUGUUAACAGAGUUUCGCGAGAAGAGCAUGGCCGGCAUGGGCUUCACAAGACAAAGACGGAAAAUAAGUCUGCUCCAUACACAGGCUCAAAUGAUACCCAGACGUCUGUGGACCAUUACGAAAAUACGGUUCAGUGCCCUGAUGACGCUCUGCACAUCCUCUCACCACAAAGCUCGACGGACCCAACCUUCUCAAAACUUCUUACCGAGACGCCAAGCAAUUCGGCGAGCGCGUUGGCUAUACAUCAAAAACCUGACGGCCGCCAAGACUCGGCAACAUUGCGCAAUUCUGUUGCUGAAAGCGAUGCAUCAGAUCGUGCACCAACAGUGGACAGCUCCAUUGCAGGCUCCGUUUACCAUGGCAUCGAUCUGAAUGAAACCCUUCCGGUCGACCAAGUUCACGAAAUCCCUCCCCUCCUCCGCCGCACCAUGUCAGACGACCACCUAGACUACCAUGGCUCAAUCCGCAACGACGACUGGUGGCCUCGCCACCUCUCCUUCAGUGUCGCCGAAGAAAGCAUACUGAAAUGGAACCCCAUCAUCGUUCCCGAUCCAGACGGCACCUCACUAGAUCCAACGAACUCUGAUACAGCCCUUACCGCUAAAUACGCAGCACAAGCCCUCCACUCUGAAUACCUCAAACAGCUGCACCAUCGUCUCGCCACUCUCUCCACCACAGACGCUUCAUGGGUCCUCUCGCGCCUACAACAAAUCACCGACCUCGAAGCCUCCGCUGACGCAGAUAUUGAAACUCUGGAUUCAAUCUACUAUCCCCAUCUCGACACCUACCACGCCCUACGCGAAGACACCCACGCCAUCAUCGCCAACAACCGCGCACAGCUAACCGCCAGUCUGAGCGAAUUGGGCAAUAUAGGGGACAAACUGGAAUACGAGAUUGGGGCCCUGAGGAGCAAGGUUGAGGACGUGGAAGAUGUCCUGGGCGAGUUUGAACGACAGGUUGAGUUUGUGGAGGGGAGGGUUGGGGAGUUGGAGGGUGUGUUGGGGGAAAGAGAGGGGUGGUGGGCUUGGGGGGUUAGGAUGCUGACGGGGUUGGGAACAAAGACCGCACUUCUACAGACAUACUCGCAACUCUCUUAUGUCAUUUCGUAUGAGCGAUGCGGAACUUGCGCGGCCUACUUUUGA